UUUGUCAUUGUCAAACUACAAUUCCCUACCGUCCCCGAUCACAUAGUCACCACUUGCAUAACCUCCUACCUGCAGUCGAACUCCCAAGGCCAAGAUCUGAACAUAGCCGACCUCCUAGAAACCGCCCUAGCCGAAAACAACUCUGAGCAGAUGGGACGGCUUUCACAACAACUGGAAACACCUCCCCUAGAUCAAGCGCUCAUCCCCGAUCCACAAGACGAUAGUGCGCAAUUGAUUGGCUCCCAUUCGGAAUCGGCAAUCCUUAGCUCGACGUCCGACGAACGAAACCGAGUCGAAAUGAUCGAGAGUGAUAGUGAUAUCAACAGGAAUUUGAUAAAACCAAGCGUCCCCAAUCCCACCCCGCGAGAACCUCCCAAGACGAUCGCUAAAAGACCCAACAAGCUUGACAUAACGUCUGACUGUGAUGCGAUCAGUGACGAUAAAAGAAAGUUCAAUAUCCAACUGUCCGAGAAAUGUAGAGACGUGCACAAAUUGCUCAGUUCCGACCUUAGUGAAAAACCCCCGCGAUCCCCUCUGAGCGCGAAGCGCUUCGCCGCGAAAAACUCCCCCACCAAGGUGGAGAAGUCCCCCCUAGUGUCCCCCGACGCUCAAAGACGCUUGCAGGACGAUACUCGCGCUCCCAUAGUGAAAAAAGAAACGUGUUCCACCCCCACGCAAACGACUGACACUCUCCUAGGCAGCCCCAACCUCAACCUAUCUCUGAACGUGAACUUGGACCUAGUGCAAAGCCCCUCCCAUCCGAGGCGCACCUCUCUGGCGCAGCUAACCCCCACGCAGCCUUGGCUGCAAACUCCCGCCACUUCGCCGAGGAGCUUCACCAGCGUUAACCUUACUUUGAGGCCUCCCACGUCGACCCCUCAGAACCCCAUUGACAUCACUUCACAGAAUUCUAGUUUGACGUACUCGACGAGCAGUUUUGACUCUCAGAAGGGGUUGGAGAGCCGUUUGCAGAUCACGGUGGGGCCGGGAGGGGGAAGCGUUGCGUCCGUGAGAGUGAGGCCGAAGAGCUACCAUCCCCAAGAGCAGCAGCAGCAAGAAGUCGUUCCUGUCAGAGCUGGGUCGCUCAAUGAUUUGGCGGUGAGCUCGCAACCGCCUGUGAUAUUAAAACAAGAAGCACGUAUAGAACGGUUGCGAAUAGAACUGAAUACUGAAAAAGCCAAAUUAGUUAUAAUGAAGCAAGAAGUUGCCGAUUUAGAGAAGAAUAGACUCGAAAAGCUGGCUGACAUAGAAAUGGAGAAACAAUUAACUAUGGAAAUAAGACAUCUCAGACGGCAAUGUAAAGUGCUAGAAUUAGACGCGCCUGUGAUAUUAAAACAAGAAGCACGUAUAGAACGGUUGCGAAUAGAACUGAAUACUGAAAAAGCCAAAUUAGUUAUAAUGAAGCAAGAAGUUGCCGAUUUAGAGAAGAAUAGACUCGAAAAGCUGGCUGACAUAGAAAUGGAGAAACAAUUAACUAUGGAAAUAAGACAUCUCAGACGGCAAUGUAAAGUGCUAGAAUUAGACGGUGAAGCAUUUUAUAACAACAUCUACACAGGGCCUCAAGGGCCUCUGACUUUCGGAUCGCCGCCCCUCCUGCCCCCCAGAUUGCGGCCGCAAACCAGAAGUCGGCUUCAGUACCCAGGCCCCCACCCGGCAGACAUAGAGGGGCCGAAAUGGAACUGCGGCAUAUGUACAUUCCUGAACCACCCGAUAUUGGACAAGUGUGAACAGUGCGAGAUGCCAAGGAUAGUGCACGUCUCUGCAUCUCCCGGGGAUAAUAUUCACAUACACGUUACACCGAGAUUGUCAAGACGUAAGAUAUAUUUGUGGUUUUCUGUGUUUGGCUCUGCUGUUUCCCUAAUCUAUUUUUGCAUUAUCGCUGCUUUCGUGGAAUCUAACAGAAUUUGCAAAAUGAAAAGCAUGGUUUUGUUUUGUAUAAUGACCCCCGAAAACUUUGCCAUACGGAGGAAUGUUUUUCUGAAAAUGAGUUGUGAAAAGUAUUUGAGUAAUUUUGAAUAUUGCAUAUUCGAACCGAGAUAAAAAAUUUUCUUCGUU